UUCGCGGAUAUCCGAUUUUAAAAAUUUUAUUAAGAUUCGAAUUACGAAUAUUGAAAAUCGAGAUUUGAAUUCGAAUUUGAAAAUUAUGAAUUGUAUACGUGAGACAAGUAUCCCACAAGUACCCGAUUUUCGGUUAUUUUUGCCCAGCCCUACGAGUGCACGCAGUCCGCAAAUUCCUUCCUUCACAAACUUUGCUUUCCUCCUCGAAUUCGAUCUCUAGAUCUCUUUUCAUUCUCAGGUGACGAGCGUUUCGGUGGAGGUGAUGUCCGUCAGAAACCCUAACCCUAGCUCUCUUCACACAGCUCGUCCAACCCCGCCGGUCACUCUCUCUGCUUCCCCGUCUAUGCGCCUUCAACUUCCUAUCAAUCGACGCCGUUUCAGAGUCCCUAAAUCGGCUCGAUCCCUCUCUUCGAUAGGAACGAGCUCCGACGUUUGCUAUCUAUGUUCUCAUGAUGCCUCACUUAAUCGAUCCUUCGUUACUUUCGCUGCCUCUGACGAAGAGUCGGUAGGUUUUGACUGGCAUUGGUUGUGGAUUUAUCAAUGUGAGCGAACACGAUGCUGCCCACGAAGAAAAAGCUAGAUCUCUGACAAUUUGUACUCUUGAACGCCGUUGAACUAGCAGAAGAAGCACUCGGAGGUUGAAGUGGAGAAGCAGAGGAGUGAGAUAGAUGCAGAAAAUGAGGUAUUCCAUGAAGCGUGGAAACAAGCUCUUGCUUCUUUCAAAGAGUAGGUAUUGAAAAUGCAAAGCCCAUCGCUGGAAGCAUACAAGGUUAACUCUCAGAAAGCGGUAGUUGUCUUGAAGGAAACCUCCGAGCAGCUUAGAAUUCAAGCAGAAAAGGCGAAAGAAGAUUUGGGUGCAAUAGCAAAAGAGAUUAGCGAAGAUGGAAUAGAAUACAUUUUAAAAGUGACAGACGAUUCACCUGCAGAUGUGAGAGAGAUCAUUGAAGCAUUUGCCUCUGUUGAUGAUCUCAAAGAUGUUUCUCGAGUAGAUGACUUUCACAUUGGAGUACCCUAUGGUCUACUUCUGUUUGUGGGAGGGUUUCUUUCCUUUAUGGUAACUGGAAGCAUUGCUGCCAUUAGGUUUGGGGUCAUUCUCGGUGGGGCUCUUUUUGCAUUAAGUGUAGCAAGUCUAAAGGCUCAGAAGAAAGGAGAAUCAUCUACGAAGUUCUUAAAAGGACAGGCGGCUAUAACGGCAAUCAUAUUUUUGAGAGAGUUGCGGUUGAUGUUAUCUCAGAGAUCUGUUUUCCUGGGCCUUGUGACUACUCUUAUUAGCGGUGGUGUCUUAGCGUUUCUCGUCUACAAGAUUGCAAGAAUUAAGAAAUAAGGAAAAAGGACCGAGCAUAGAAGGAAUAGCAGAAAACUGAUUACCCUUUGGACGUGGGUAAUGGCAAAAGCCACCACAUUAUAGUCGUUGAGGAAGAAGGUUAUCAGUGAGGGACAAUUACCAAAAAGGGAAAAGAAUAAUGUGAGGAAGCGUGUGUGUCUAGUGACAGGUACGAUGGUAUAUGUUUGUUCCCUCAAGAUGGUCUUUUUUUUUUAUAAUCCGAAAGUUCGUCGGCCUUUUUGGCCCAAAUA